GCUCUCCACUACACGGCGCUUCGUGUUUCGUGCUAUCAGAUUUUCUUGCUCAGCCAACACUGCACGCGCUACCUCGUGUGUUUUCUCUUCGAGACAAAAAUCACUAAUUUUUAUUGAUUUUCCAGUCUGAUCAUACUAUAUCCGCCAUUCUGGUUCGCACAAUCAUUUUCUCUGUUCUAUAGUGAAAUUCGUUUCUAUUACCGGUGAAAAGAACAUUUUUCCGACUUGAGAGAUGAUUUCCCCGAUGGCAUGUGAUAAAUACUGGACGGACAAAGCGAACUACGAUAAUGCCGAGAAGAAAUACUACGAAUAUCUGGCUCAGCUAUCACUAGAGAAGAAACCGGUAUGCCCUACCGUGGCACAGAAAAUCGCGUCUGCAACGGUUCAGCCUAAACCGGAAAUCGUCGUCAAAAAGGAUCAAUCGCCCGUACCGGCAAUCGUCGACUUUGUCGUACCGCAGGAACAAGCCAAGGUAAAGAAAGACAAAAAGAAAAAUAAGAAGAAUAAGAAGGACACUUCUCAAUCACCUGACCCUACUCCGGUUGUUGCGACUCAUCCAGUGCAACCGAAAGAGCCAGCAGCUGUAAUCGCACCGAUUGUAACAGAUGAACAACCAAAGAAACAAAAGAGCAAGAAAAACAAAAAGAACAAGCCGGUCCAUGAGGCUCAGUCUGGUGCUGAGCAUUCCUCUGCUACUAACAAUAAGCCACUAACUGAGAAGGUCCUACAGCAGAAUGCCAAGAAUCUGAAGGAGAAGGAAAAUCUGGCCCACAAACUGUGCGAUAACAUUACCGAGGAGUUGAGCAAGAUGAAUUCUUUCCCGACACAAUGCACUCUGGCGUCGGAAAUUUCCAAGGCUAGACAGCACAUCAAGAACUCCUUAGAGCGAUUUCCCUGUCCGCUUUCACAGAUGGAUGGAAUUGCCGCCCUGGCCGCAAGCCCAGGCGCCGAGCUGCUCGAUCGUUUGUCCAGCGUUGAAAAGGAAAAUGACAAACUGCGCUCUGUCAUUGAUGGCCUUAACAAUCUGGUGAUUGAUCUGCAUGCGCGUGUCAAAGCGUUGGAAUCGGAGAAAAAGGUUAUCGCACCAACAACAGCAGUAGCAGCACCACCGGCACCAGAGAAGAAAGUUUCAACCGCUGCCGUUGCCGAGGACGAUGAUGACGACGACGUUGAUCUGUUCGGCUCGGACGACGAGGAAGAAGAUGACAAAGCCGCGGAAUUGCGCGAAAAACGCCUCGCAGAAUAUGCAGCCAAAAAAUCGAAGAAACCUGCCCUUAUUGCCAAGUCCAACGUUAUUCUCGAUAUUAAACCUUGGGACGAUGAGACUGAUAUGAAGGUUAUGGAGCAAGAGGUACGCAAAAUCAGCAUGGAUGGUUUACUCUUGGGAGCUUCUAAACUUGUCCCACUGGCCUACGGAAUCCACAAAUUGCAGCUGUCCUGUGUCAUCGAGGACGACAAGGUAUCGGUCGAUGAGCUGCAGGAGAAGAUUGAAGCGAUUGAAGAAUACGUACAAAGUGUGGAUAUUGCUGCGUUCAACAAGAUCUAAAGCGCCAUUGUGAUCCCCGGUCAAGUACACACAUCUACUCAAACUAUGCGCCCACGCUUCCUUUCAAAUUGAAAGUUUCUUAUAAAUAUCUACCGUACAUCAGCAACGUAAUGUUUUAAAAUUCGGAACUACAAACUAAUACAUUUGCUCCAAACGAAAAA